AUGGAUGACUGUGAUCAAUUUGAUUAUGGUCAAUUAGAUCAACUAUUCAACUUUAUUUCUUCUACAUCUCCUCCUCCUCCUCCUCUUACUACUCAUAGAAAGCAAGAUUUAUCAAUUUCAUUACAAACACAAAGCUCUAAACUUGUUACAAGUCAUGUGACUAAAAUGAAACCAAUUGCCAAUGUUAAUCAUCAUGUGAUUAAAAAGAAGCCAAUUAUCACCACUACUACUAUUGAUGAUCAAGUUCAAGAUCCCCAUAAAGAGAAAGAGAAGAAGAAAGUCAUACGAAGAGAAGUUGAAAGGCAAAGAAGGCGAGAUAUGGCUAAGCUUUACCAACGUUUACGCCUUCUUAUUCCUUCUAAAUAUCUCAUGGGAAAGAGAUCUAUAUCUGAUCAUCUAGAAGAGAUUGUGGAUUAUGUAAAAGACUUGAGGAAGAACAUAGAGGACUUGGAAACAAAGAGACAAAAAUUGAAAGAAAUGAGAAAUAAUAUUACUUGUAGCUCUAAUCUUCACUCUCAAUUGGCACCAUCUUCUUCCUCUAUGAAAUUAAGUGGUCAUGAUAUUAACGGCAAUGAUGAUGAGGAUAGAAUAAGAGUGAAUUCAUGCAAUGAAGGAGUGGAAAUUUCAGUUAAAGGAGGGCUCCCUCUAUCAAAAGUGCUUAAGGUUCUCAUGAAGGAAGGGCUUAUUAUUAAUAGCUGUGUUUCCUCCACAGCUAAUCAAAGGCUUCUUCACAUUAUCCAAUCUAAGGUGAAUACAAGAGAGGAUAUUGAUCUUGCAAGGCUACGAUUCAAGUUGAUGAGUUUAUCUUAUAAACUGUGAUUCUUUUCAGUUUCUUGUUUGCCCUUGGUCCCUCUGUAUAUUGUUUCAUUUGUUUUUUGGGUGGGAUGGACUUUUUCAGUUUCAUAUAUUUAUCGUAUCUCUUUUCUCUUUUGAAAAAGGAGUUUUAAGUCUAUGUACC